AUGGAUGCAUAUAAGGAAUUUAUAGAACCAUCAAGGGUUGGUAAUUGUGUUGGAUGCAAUUUUAUGUCAACAACUACCAAGAACCUUAUAGUUGGCAAAGGUUCAUUAUUACAAAUAUUUGAAGUGAUUCUACUAAAACAAUCAACCCCUUCGAAACCACAGUAUAGACUCAAGCUCAUAAGUCAAUUCAAAUUACAUGGAACGAUAACUGAUUUGAAAGCAAUUAGAACCAUUGAAAAUCCACAUCUUGAUUAUUUGAUGGUUCUGACAAAAUAUGCAAAAUUUUCAAUAAUAAAAUGGGAUCAUCAUUUACAUACAAUCACAACGGUGUCUCUCCAUUAUUAUGAAAGUUCAAUGCAGAAUUCAACAUAUGAAAAGUUGGCUGUCUCGGAAUUGCUAUUGGAACCUACUUAUAAUUCCUGUAGUUGUCUUCGAUCAAAGAAUCUACUAUGUUUCCUUCCGUUUGACGUUAUCGAUGAUGAAGAAGACGAGGAUGAAGACGACGAAGAUGAGAUUGAGAUGGAUGGGGAGAAAUCUGACAUACUAGUCAAUGAAGAAGUACCGAUAGCCAGACCACGCGAAUCAUUGUCAUUCUACGAUGCCAGUUUUAUCAUUGAUGCCCAAACAUUAGACUCUUCAAUUGAAACAAUUGUUGAUAUGCAAUUCAUGUAUAAUUACCGUGAACCUACUGUAGCCAUAUUAUCCCUGAAAUCACAUUCAUGGGCUGGAAUAUUACCUAAAGUAAAAGAUAAUUUGCAAUUUUCAGUUAUGACAUUAGAUCUACAAACAAAAACGACCAUCUCAAACUAUCAAGAUGACACUGAGUUGGCAUUGCCUUUAGAAGACUGUUGUAUUGUACCUAUUCCCAAUGAUCAUCGAGUGUUGAUGGUCUUGAAAUCUGGAGAGUUUUAUUAUAUUAAUUUUGAAUUGGAUGGGAAGACUAUUAAAAGAGUUCACAUCGAUAUAGUUGAACCCAAAUUAUAUGAGAAUGUCAAAUUAACGUAUCCUGGUGAAGUAGCUGUAUUGGAUAACGAUUUAUUGUUCUUUGCCAAUGAAAAUGGAAAUAGUCCAUUAGUGCAAGUCAAGUAUAGCGAUGCAAACCAGAGUCACAUAAAAAACGAAAACCACGCAAAUUGUGUCGAUGAGAAAGAAGUCGAAGAUGAAGACGAGGAUGAAGAUGAUUUGUAUAAGGAAGAAGAGGAAGAAGAAGAAAAAUUAGUUCUUGGGAAAUCUCAAAUUGAAUUUGUUCAUCAUGACGAGCUUAUUAAUAAUGGACCCAUAUCAUCCUUCACUUUGAGUGUUUAUUCACCUGAGAAAUUUAAAUCAAAUUUGCCUAAUCCAAACUAUAAUGAAGUAUCAAUAAUCGCAAAUGCAGGUACUCAUUCCCAACUGAAAUUGAAUAUAAUAACUCCAACAAUUCAACCGAUCAUUGCCUCAUCAUUGACGUUUUCACAAGUGAAUCGUAUGUGGAAUUUAAAUCAGAAAUACUUGAUUACUUCAGAUGAUAUCAAUUUCAAAUCAGAAAUCUUUCAAAUUGAAAAGUCUUUUGCAAGAUUGAAUUCCAAACACUUUAUAAAUGAUGAACUUACAAUAAAUAUGCACGAAUUAAACAAUGGGAAAUUCAUAUUACAAAUCACACCAAAGCAGAUUGUUCUAUACAAUAACGCGUUUAAGAAGAGGCUUUCCUUAAAUGAUGAAAUCAAGGAUGACGAGAUUUUGUCAAGUAUAUUAAGGGACGAAUUCUUGAUGAUCUUUUUGGCAAGUGGGGAUGUUAUGAUCUUUUCAAUCAACACAUAUAAUGAAUCAUAUUCAAAAAUUGAAAUUCCAAAAAUGUUGACGGAUUCAAUUAUAACCACAGGGUAUAUCGCCAAUUCCCAUUUAUUAAGUGCCGUACUGAAGAAUGUCAAUUUAUUACUUAACAAGGGUGUGAAAAGAAGACAUAGUUCUGUUUCUGGUUCAACUCCUGCCUCCACUCCCGCGGCUAAAGUUGGUCAUCAGACUGCAGCAUCGCGCCCACAGGGCCCGAAACUGAAGACAUUUAUUUUGGUAACUGGUGAUAAUCGAAUUGUCGCAUUCAAUAGAUUUCAUAAUCAAAAAUGUUAUCAGUUAAAUGAUGUGGAUAGAUUUACAGAUAAUUUAACUUUGGCAUUUUUUGAUCCAAAUGAAGCACCACCAGACCCUUUCAUCAAACAGAUUAUUCUUAGUGAGCUUGGAGAUAAAUACCACAAGGAAGAAUAUUUAACGAUAUUGACUAUUGGAGGUGAGGUUAUGAUGUAUAAAUUAUAUUUCGACGGGGAGAAUUAUAUGUUUAGAAAAGAGAAAGAUUUGACAAUUACUGGUGCUCCAGAAAAUGCAUAUCCACAAGGAACGAUGAUUGAAAGAAGAUUGGUUUAUUUCCCAAACUUGAAUGGUUAUACAUGUAUUUUCUUAACUGGUAUCAUUCCUUAUUUGAUUCUUAAACCUAUCCAUUCAAUUCCACGAAUUUUUCAAUUUCUGAAAAUCCCAGCAGUUUCGAUCUCAGCAUUUUCGGAUUCAAAGAUUAAGAAUGGGUUGAUUUUUUUGGAUAAUAGUAAGAAUGCCCGGAUUUGUGAAUUAUCCCUUGAUUUCAUCUAUGAAUUCGAUUUACCCAUGAGACACAUCCUCAUUGGUGAACUGAUAAAAUCAAUAGCCUAUCACCAAGCUUCCAACACUUAUAUUCUUUCAACAUUUAAAGAAAUUCCAUAUAAUUGUUUAGAUGAGGACGAAAAACCAAUUUCUGGAUUAUAUCCUGAUAAACAGCCGCGGGCAACUUCAUACAAGGGAUCAAUUAAAUUGAUAUCACCAUACAAUUGGACCGUAAUUGACAGUUUCGACCUUGAUGAUAAUGAAAUUGGGAUGAAUAUAAAAUCGAUGAUAUUAGAUGUUGGAUCAGCAAGUAAGAAAUUUAAAAAUAAAAAGGAAUUUGUUGUUAUAGGGACUGGGAAAUAUCGUAUGGAAGAUCUUUCUUCAAAUGGUAGUUUUAAAAUCUUGGAAAUUAUCGAUAUUGUUCCAGAACCUGGUCGUCCGGAGACCAAUCAUAAAUUCAAAGAAAUAUUUCAAGAAGAUACUAGAGGGGCAAUAACUAGUAUCUGUGAAGUUAGUGGCAGGUUUUUGGUAGCACAGGGACAGAAGGUAAUUGUUAGAGAUUUACAGGAUGAUGGGGUGGUUCCAGUUGCAUUUUUGGAUACUUCAGUUUAUGUUUCAGAAACGAAGAGUUGUGGGAAUUUGGUCUUAAUUGCCGAUCCAUUAAAGAGUAUAUGGUUGGUUGGGUUUGAUGCCGAACCAUUUAGAAUGAUUAUGUUGGGGAAAGACUUACAACAUCUUAAUGUUAAUUGUGCCGAUUUUAUUUGUAAAGAUGAAGAAAUCUAUAUCGUGGUGGCUGAUAACAAUAAUGUCCUUCAUUUGAUUCAAUAUGAUCCAGAAGAUCCACAAUCUCUUAAUGGUCAGCGAUUACUCAGUAAGGCUGCAUUUGAAACCGGGUCGUCUAUAAGUUGUCUAAGAUCUAUUCCUACAUGUGAGUCAGACUUUGAAUCUGGAGAAAAGAAGGCUACACCUGGUGAUGAUACUCAAAUUAUUGGAAGCACUAGUGAUGGAUCUUUCUUCAAUGUUUUCCCAGUUGAUGAAUCUACGUAUAGAAGAAUGUAUAUUUUACAACAGCAAUUGACAGAUAAAGAAUAUCAUUAUUGUGGAUUAAACCCUCGUUUGAAUAGGUUUGGAGGUGCGAUGAAGAUAUCUGUAAACGAAACUAAUGCUAAGCCUAUGUUAGAUUAUGAUUUAAUAAGAUCGUAUACUAAAUUGAAUGAAGAUAGAAAGACAAAUUUAGCAAGUAAAGUAAGUUCAAAGAAUAUUUAUCAAGAUCUUUGGAAAGACAUUUUUGCAUGUGAACAUUCAUUAGAAGGAAUGUAA